CCAAAAGAAAAAAAAACAGAAUCCGAUAGCGCAAAAAUACUUGUGUAAUCAAAAAAUUAAAUACGUAUUUUCAAAACAAUACAAUAUUUCGAUAACGUUGAGUUGCUUCCUGUUACAAGCUGUCUUAAACGAUAACAAAUAACGACACGCCCGAAACCCGAAUCAUAACAAAGCUAAUAAAUCUAGUCAAUUUUAUAUUUACAUAAAAAUGAAAUAAGUUUAGGUGCUAUCUACUUUAAUUUAAGUUUAAGACCACUUAUUUAUUUAUACAUAUAUUUUGAUAAGUUUAGUUUGGUACAUAAGUCAAUAUGCAGAUACUUAAUGUACGGGUCGCUCUACGGGCCUCGGCCGCGAGAUUGCAAGCGUGGAGUCAAAGUCGUAAUGCGACUACUAAUAAAGGCCAGAAUGUGGAAUACAAGCCGAUCCGGAGCGUGCUGGUGGCGAACCGUGGAGAGAUCGCAAUCCGAGUAUUCCGGGCGUGUACGGAGCUCGGCAUCCGCUCCGUGGCCAUCUACAGUGAGCAGGAUCGUCUGCAGAUGCACAGACUGAAAGCUGAUGAAUCGUACUUAGUGGGCAAGGGUCUGCCGCCAGUAGAGGCGUACCUGAGCAUUAACGAGAUCAUUCGAGUGGCGAAAGAAAACAACGUCGACGCUGUCCAUCCUGGAUACGGCUUGUUGUCUGAGAGAUCUGACUUCGCGCAAGCGAUCCUCGAUGCAGGACUUCGGUUCAUCGGGCCAUCACCCAAAGUUGUGCAGCAGAUGGGGGACAAGGUCGCUGCCAGGAAAGCUGCCAUUGACGCCAAAGUGCCAAUUGUUCCGGGUACCGACGGCCCCGUGACCACCAAGGAGGAGGCUCUUAAGUUCUGCAAGCAACAUGGUCUUCCAGUCAUAUUCAAGGCGGCUUACGGCGGCGGCGGUCGUGGUAUGCGCGUCGUACGAGAGAUGGACGAAGUGGAGUCGGCGUUCGAACGAGCGUCUUCUGAAGCUCUUGGGGCUUUUGGCAACGGUUCUAUGUUCAUUGAGCGAUUCAUCGAGCGGCCAAGACAUAUUGAGGUGCAGUUGCUGGGUGACAAGGCGGGCAACGUGGUACAUUUGUUCGAGCGCGACUGCUCCGUGCAGCGACGACACCAGAAGGUGGUCGAGAUUGCGCCUGCGCCGCAACUUGAUCCUGCAGUCCGUGAAAAGAUGUUGGACUGCGCCGUACACUUGGCCCGGCACGUCGGGUACGAGAACGCCGGUACUGUGGAGUUCCUCCUUGAUCCCAAGGGUAACUUCUACUUCAUCGAAGUUAAUGCCAGGUUACAAGUAGAGCACACCAUAUCAGAAGAAGUGACAGGCAUCGACUUAGUGCAGUCCCAGAUCAGAGUCGCUGAAGGCAUGACGCUCCCAGAGAUGGGUCUUGAGCAGGACAAGAUACAGGCACAGGGAUACGCCAUACAGUGCCGAGUGACCACUGAGGACCCCGCCAACAACUUCCAGCCCAGCACUGGCAGGAUUGAGGUGUUCAGAUCUGGAGAAGGUAUGGGCAUCCGUCUCGACUCGGCCGCCUCAUACCCUGGUGCUAUCAUCUCUCCUUACUACGACUCGCUUCUAGUCAAGGUAAUAUCCCACGCUAAGGACUUACCAGCGUCGGCGUCGAAGAUGAACCGCGCGCUGCGAGAGUUCCGUAUCCGCGGAGUGAAAACCAACAUUCCCUUCCUGCUCAACGUGCUUGAGAACCAGAAGUUCCUUACUGGCGCUCUCGACACCUACUUUAUCGACGAGAACCCCCAGCUGUUCAUGUUCAAGCCGUCACUCAACCGAGCCCAGAAGAUCCUGAACUACCUCGGCAACGUGCUCAUCAACGGGCCGGCUACCCCACUUGGCACGGACAUCAAACCUGCUGACAUCAAGCCUUAUAUACCGCCCGUUCCACUUGCCCUAUCUGGGUAUGAUGACCUCUCCCCUGAGGCCAUCAAACGAGCGGAACUGACCGGCGAGAACACAGCCGUGCAACCCCCAAGAGGUUACAAGCAGAUCCUGCAAGAGGGGGGUCCGGCAGCGUUUGCCAAGGCCGUGAAGCAACACAAAGGACUGUUAUUCAUGGACACCACGUACAGAGACGCGCAUCAGUCCCUCCUGGCUACCCGAGUGAGGUCACAUGACCUGCUAGCUGUGUCGCCCUAUGUGGCCCAUAACUUCAGCAAUCUGUACGCGCUUGAGAACUGGGGUGGCGCUACGUUCGAUGUGGCUCUCAGGUUCCUCCACGAGUGCCCGUGGGAGCGUCUCGAAGACAUGCGUCGCCUGAUCCCGAACAUCCCCUUCCAAAUGCUGCUGCGUGGCGCCAACGCCGUCGGGUACACCAACUACCCUGACAACGCGGUCUUCAAGUUCUGCGAUAUGGCUGUAAAAGCCGGUAUGGACAUCUUCCGAGUGUUCGACUCCCUCAACUAUCUGCCCAACCUGAUACUGGGUAUGGAGGCGGCGGGCAAGGCUGGCGGCGUGGUCGAAGCCGCCAUAUCUUACACCGGCGACGUUUCAGACCCUAGUAGGAAGAAAUAUGAUCUCAAAUACUAUACUAACUUGGCUGAUGAGCUGGUCAAAGCUGGGACCCACGUUUUGGCUAUCAAGGAUAUGGCUGGGUUGCUGAAGCCGCAAGCUGCUAAGCUGCUGAUCUCAGCAAUCCGCGACAAGCACCCGGACGUGCCGAUCCACGUGCACACACACGACACGUCGGGUGCGGGCGUGGCCGCCAUGCUAGCGUGCGCGGAGGCGGGUGCCGACGUGGUCGACGUCGCCGUCGACUCCAUGUCCGGCCUCACCUCGCAGCCCAGCAUGGGCGCGAUGGUCGCUUCGCUGCAAGGCACUCCGUUUGACACCAAAAUCCCUCUAACGACGGUAUCAGAGUACUCAGCAUACUGGGAACAAGCGCGCACACUAUACGGUCCCUUCGAAUGUACGGCUACUAUGAAGACUGGCAACGCUGAUGUAUACAUUAACGAGAUACCAGGAGGACAGUACACCAACUUGCAAUUCCAAGCCUUCAGUCUCGGUUUGGGAAGUCAGUUUGAAGAGGUCAAGAAGGCUUACAGGGAAGCGAACCUGCUUUUAGGCGACAUCAUCAAGGUGACGCCAUCAUCGAAGGUGGUGGGAGACCUCGCGCAGUUCAUGGUGCAGAACAAACUGACAGCCAAGGAGAUUGAGGAGCGCGCUGAAGACCUGUCCUUCCCCAAGUCCGUUGUGGAGUACCUGCAGGGGGCUAUUGGCAUCCCACACGGAGGGUUCCCGGAACCUCUUAGGUCCAAGGUACUGAAGGAUAUGAAGAGGAUUGAAGGCAGACCUGGCGCCAACAUGCCGCCGCUGGACUUCGACAAGCUCAAGAAAGAAAUACAGGAGACCUACCCUAAUGUAACAGAUCAGGACGUGAUGUCCGCAGCCAUGUACCCGCAAGUGGCUAAGGACUUCUUCCGCAUCAGAGACAAGUAUGGGCCCGUCAAUCUUCUGGACACCAAGACUUUCCUCGUUGGACCCACGUUGGGUGAGACGUUAGAAGUAGAGAUCGGCCGCGGAAAGACGCUGCUGAUCAAGACAGUCGCAGUGUCGGACGAGAUGACGGCCGCCGGAGAGGUGGAAGUGUUCUUCGAGCUCAACGGACAACUGCGCUCCGUCUAUAUACGCGAUGAGAAGGCUAGCAAGGACAUGAAGAUCCACCCGAAGGCUGUGAAGGGAGACAAGAACCAGGUCGGAGCGCCCAUGCCUGGAACUGUUCUGACAAUCAAGGUGAAAGUAGGCGACAAGGUAGACAAAGGCCAGCCUAUCGCGGUACUGUCAGCCAUGAAGAUGGAGAUGAUAGUCCAAGCCCCGAAGGCUGGCACCAUUCAAUCCGUGGAAAUCACCAACGGACAAAAACUGGAGGGAGACGAUCUCAUCUGCACCAUCGAGUAAAGUAAGCCAUGUUAAAUAGUAUGAAAAAAAGAGUGUAUUACACUGCACGAUAUUUAGGGUAGGCAAUCCUAAAUAAAUAAAAAAAAUCGUGAAGCCAACCUUGCUUGCCAGAUAUAGUCCUAUUGUGUUCUGUACCUACACUUCUAUCGUAACUUAAAAAAAACUAGUGUUCGGGAAUACCGAACUCUGUAAACUUUGCACAUAACUCGAUGCUAAAUUCAGGGAGUUUACACCCUAGGGUUGCUACAAAUAGCCCUAAAUAUUGACUAGUGAAAUGCCGAGCGGCAAGAAUAAAUGUAAGCGCGAUAAUAGCCAGUCUGUAUCACGUAGGACGUAAGGUACACGGUAAGUAUAUCUUACGCCACACGUUAAGUAUAAUCCAAAGUUGGUUAUUCUCUUAAAAUAAUUAUUUUUUACUUUAUGAUUGAUUGUGAAAGUUACAUAUUGUAGUGUGAAGUUUAUGACAUUAACUUCGAUGUAAAAUUGUCAUGAGAUGUGUAUAAAUGUAAUUUAUUACACGUAUAUAAACGGUGGCUUUGAAUAAGUACCCUUUCGAUAUUGCGUUGCGUUUUGUGUAAUGGUAUUUCUGGCACAAAUAAAGUCGCACUAGAUUAUUUCAGGGUUCUAGCAAUUAAAUAAUGGAACUAAUGGGAACUUCAGUAGCAUUUAGUCCCUUUCCUUAAUAGUGGAAUUUCUUGUAGCAUUUAAAACCGGUGCAAUAGGGUAGUUUCCAACAAAUCAAAUCAGUUAUUUUUUACUAAACGUCAUACGAAAUUUUUAUGAAAAAGCAUCCUGGGACGUCAUAGAAAAAUGAGAUAAAAUGUCGCGCUUAUUAUUGUUAUGUUAAAUAGUAAAAGAAAACGUUUUUUGUCUCCUUUGGAUCUGUCUUUAUUUAGUAAUCAGAAUUUCAUAAUUUCGCUUUGACCUAGGAAACUACCCAAUUCUUUCGAAUACUCUAUUUAUCAACAGAAAACUUCUAAAAAGGCAAUCAAAGCAAUUCAUAAUAAAAAGCCAUAUUGCAAUUUGACAUUAGUGCAUAUAGACAAAGGCCAAAGCAAUAUUGCAAUUUGUGUGCAAUGUCAACUAAUGUCAAAUAGCAAUGUUGCUUUUUUAGGUGAUUUUGGCUUCAAUGUCUCCUUUUUUACUCCUCAGAUGCUAUUUUACGAAAGGUUAUUGAUAAUUGUGUAUGAUCGUAAACAUUUUUUGGAAUAAGUAUAUUAUCUUGAAAUUAAUGUUUAUGUUAAGAGAAAGGACAUAUUUAUUAUAAGUCUGUUAGAAGGAGAAAACACAACUAUGUAAUUUGGUAUAACUGUGAUAAUCACUAUACAAUAGUGUCAAUAAUAUAACAACCUCCUUUUUUGAAGUCGGUUAAAAAUAGCAACUGGACAACUUAUGGAACUAAUGUGGUAACAAACAUAAUGUACUUAUUUGUGUUUGUUCGUGACAAGUGGUGCGGUUUGUUUGAGUAUAUGGUUGGAAUAUAUUGUACAUGUAAAAGAAAAUAGGUACCUAAAUGUUAUAGAAAAGCACGAAUUCGUUGACGCCCAUUUGUUGCGGACAGGGAGGUUAAGUGUGCAGUGCAAAUGUCCAAUAGCAAUAUUGCUUUUAUAGAUGAAUAAAAUUCAUUGUGGCCUUUUUAAACUCGCAGUACAGUUUCGAAAGAUUAGAUUCAAAUAAUAAAGUACUUACCUAAACUACUAUAAAAUUAUGUACAAAAUUAAAGGCUAGUCAAGUGGUCCAUUGCGUCUCAGGGAAAAUGCAUCACAGUACAAAAAAAUGGAAUUGUACUUAGAAACGUAAUACAGAUAUUUUUAUAGGAAAAUACCUUAAAAAACCAUGUAGAUAGUUAGUCAUUCCAUGUAUGACUUUGUGUGAAUGUAUAAAUAUUUAAAAAGACAACUGCUGAUUAUUUUCUUUUUUUACUUAUUUGUAACAUGUAUCGAAAUCCUGUUUUCUGGUGCUCAUUUGUUAUUUUCAUUUAAACUAUAUUGUUAUGUAUUUUUUUAAUGUUUGUAUUUUUAUGAAUUAAAUUUAACGUUACUAAAA